UUCUCAAAAAAAAAGGGGGGGGAAAGAAACAAGCACCGCCGUCUAAAAAGGGCUCGCCGUCGUCCCCAUUUCCGGCACUCUUACAUGCAGAUGCAGGAUCCUCCGCCGCUGACGGGGGAAACCCCAGACCUGAUGGUGACUGAUGUAUCCCAGGUGGAUCGAUUGCUCCAAUCUGCAACCCAAAGGGCUCACCCUGGCAGCAAGAUGACGAUUUUCAAAGUGACUGUGUCGAAGCAAUACGAUCGUUGGGCGACCUUCCAGAGGAUAUCUGUCGACGUAUUCAUGCCCGAAUGCCACUGCGAGAUGCUGCCCGCUUGGCUUGUGUAUCACACAAAUUUUGGAGAUCAUGGAGAUGCUAUCCCAAGCUUGACUUACGUCAGGAAACACUAGGUUUGAAUGGAGAUCUCAUCAGUAAAGUUGACAGUAUUCUGAAAAAUCACUCGGGCGUUGGCUUGAAGGAACUAAAUAUUGAACUUUCUAGCUGUGACAAGGUUGAUUCUUGUUGUAUCAGUAGUUGGCUUCGUAUUGCUGUUACAGCAGGAAUUGAAGAACUCAGCCUUUUUCUGCCUCAUAUUCCUGAGGAAGAAGAAAACUAUUUCCCAUGCUCACCUUUACUUAAUGGGAGUGAAAACUCAAUUCGGUAUCUUGACAUAGGCAUCUGUGCCUUUCGUCCCACGGCUGGGCUUGGUCAUUGGAGUAGCUUGACAAGGUUAUAUCUGAGUAAUGUGCGGGUUGCUGACGAUGAGCUAGAGGGCCUUCUUUACAGUUCUGAUGCAUUGGAGCAUUUGGGAGUCCUGAAUUGCCCCGAGAUAGUUUGCCUGAAGAUACCUUGUCUGCUGCAGCGGCUUAGGCUCCUGACAGUGUCUUUAUGCAGAAAUCUGCAAGUGAUAGAUUGCAAUGCUCCAAAUAUCUCCAUUUUUCACUUCUCUGGUAACUUAGUAUCGAUUUUCUUCGAAAGUGCAUUGCAAGUAAAGAAUGUUGAAAUGGAUUGUUUAGAAUCUGGUCAGUCCAACAUUGUCUUGCAUGCUCGGACCAAGCUUCUGUCCUAUGCGCCAAAUGUUGAAACACUUGCCAUAUCCUCGCCUAAUGAAAUGAUCAGUACACCAAUGCUACCUAGCAAAUUCCUCUGCCUCAAGUACUUGCAUAUUUCUCUAAUUGGAGAUGAAGCUAUUUCACCAGCUUAUGAUUACCUUUCUCUGGCUUCUUUUCUUGAAGCUUCUCCUUGCCUGGAGACAUUCAUCUUGGAAGUGCGGCAGCCUUACAUGAAGCAUGAUUCAGUUGUCGAGGAUUCCUCGCACCUAAGAUGGCUACCACAGCAGCGUCACAACAGCCUAAAGAGUGUGACAAUCGUCGGCUUCUGCUCCGCAAAGAGCUUGGUCGAGUUGACAUGCCACAUUGUUGAGAACGCGGCAUCGCUCGAGCGCCUCACGUUAGACCAAUAUUUUAAAUAGCGCGCUACAAAAUAUAGCGAGGCCCCUCUCUAAAUGCUACACAAGUUAUAGCGCGCUAAUAGCGUGCUAUAUUUGAAAAUAGCAUUUGCAAAAAAAAAAAUCAAAAUAUCUAGAAAUAAAGUAUUUAAGCAACUAAAUUUUUCAUAGGAGCAAGCAAUAUAUGCAUCUGAUAAAAGGAGUGAGAAAGCUAGUGGGAGAAUCUGAUAAAAAGAGUGAGAAAGCUAGUGGUCGUGGGUUGAUUUUGGCCUGCUGGGCCUGUUGGGCUGUGCUUAUUUCAGUUUUGCAUGGUAUGCACGUUAUAACGUUACAACGUUAUAGCGUGUGUAGCGCGCUAAUUACGCGAUUAGCGCCGUAGCGUCUGAUUUUGCCAAAACGUAACGCCUCCUUUCCAAAUAUGCUAUAACCGCGUUAUAACGGCGAAAUAGUGUGCUAUUUAAAAUAUUGCGUUAGACACCACUCAUGGCUGUCAGAGUUCUGGUGGGUGUAGCGUUGAUAAACCUAACAGAUGGUUCUAUACAGAGAGGGGUAUCCUCAUGGCGGCCCCACCUGACCGAUGCCUCCCUAUGGGGGAGGAUAUCCUCAUGGAGUCUCACCGGGCGCGUUUAGCUAUCAGAAGGCAUGUCGAGCGGAAAGUUCCUUCUGGAGUCGUGUUGAAAGUCGUGGAGCCUUGCAGUCGGUGCAUAAUGUUGAACUUUUAGAUGCCUAAUUAGCAUCAUGCCAAACUGUACUGUUUAUGAUGCAUUAUUUUGAACUAUCAGAAUUGCUCAACGAUAGUUAUGUGAAAUUUCAUAUGCCGCUUUUUGUUUCUUAAAUUAUUA